AUGGAGAACCAGAACGCGUAUCAAGGCAUCGAGGGGAAUGACCAACACCAUUUUCUGGGAAGUGAGGCCGUCGCCGCUCAAUCUGCUAGUAAUAACCAAGCAAACCAACAACCUAACAACCACUUACCCAAUAACAACAACGUCAUUGGCCUACAGCCCGGCGGCGCGCUCAACCAGGCCGUCAUUGUUCAGCCACAGCAGGAUGAUGAUGACAUCGAACCAGAAAUACCUCUUCUGAGCGAUGAAAUCCGGGCUGCCCUCGUCGAGAUAGCCAACACCAACCCCCCAGUUGACAUGCGGACCGUUGAACCGGAGCUCUUGCGGGCCAUCAUCGCCGAUGUCGCCAGGGUGCUCCACGCACGCAAUGGCCGGUGCCGCCAUGUGGACGAGGUCACUGGCGAGCAGUGUCCAGCUCGAAGGUGGAAGGCGGGUGCGCGAAAAUGCAUGAGCCACCUCAAGAGGCAUCUUUCAGUGGAGACGCAGCUCAAGAUCCUGAUGAGGCAGAUGGAAGGCUACGGGACAUUCUCAGGCGACUAUGCCUGGAAGGAGAGGGAAGAUGGGAGAAUCUGCGACGGAUGUAGGAGGAAGGAUGCCCUCCGGCGGGAAAGAGCAGGGAUGUAA